GUGAUGCUAGCUGCUAGCCGUUUCAUGCUAGACAGUGAAAACGUGCGUGCUGAAAAAAUGCCAUCUAGAAAUCAUCUCGACAAAAUCGGGAGGAAGAAGAAGAAGAAAUGGACGGAGGAGGCCAUGGAGCGUGCGUUGAUCGAGGUGAAGUCUGGGAGGUGUACGGUGAGACAGGCUGCCAAAGAGUUUGGAGUCCCUAAGUCUUCCCUGGGGGACAGAGUGAGUGGACGGGUGACACCGGGGAGCCGCAGCGGGCCUGCUCAGCUUAUAACAUCUGCGGACGAAGAGCUGUUGGUGGAGUUUUCUUUAUACAUGUCCAAGCAUGGCUUCCCUCUCACAAAGCAACAGCUGGUGUCUUUUGCAUCAUCCAUUUACAAGCGGCAGCAUCGGAGGGUGGCGUUUUCUAAACUAGGCCAGACCUGGUGGCUCAAUUUUAGAAAACGUCAAGAAAAGAAUAUCACCAUUCAGCCAGCAGACAAUGUUGUUCGUGGGAGGACAGUGCAUGUGAGAAAAGAAGCAUUGGAUCCGUUUUUACACUUACUAAGCACUGUCAUGGACUCUCGUGGGCUCCGAGACAAGCCUCAUCAAAUUUUCAACUGCAAUGAGACGGGCUUUCAGCUGGGCAGGAAGAGGGUGAUUUUGCCUAAAUCUGCCAGUCUGGGCUGCAAGCCAACGUCAGGCUCCAGAGACCACAUCUCCGUCCUGGCUUGCUUUAGCGCAGCUGGAGAGGACAUUCCCCCAUUUAUUAUCUACUCAAAGGCAUACCCAGGGGGAGUAUGUUACAAGACUCAAGGGCCUCCAAACGCACUCUAUGGAUGGUCCAACUUGGGGUGUAUCAACUCUGACCUUUUCAAGAAAUGGUUCCUCAAACACUUCCUCCUGCAUGCACCAAAGGAGCGUCCGCUGCUGCUGAUUUUCGACGGACACAAGUCUCCGGUGAACCUGGAGGUGGUGGAAGCAGCUCGUAAGGAGGACGUCAUCCUUCUGUGCCUCCCCCCUCACUGCUCUCACAUCCUGCAGCCACUCGAAGCAGGCCUCUUCAUUCUCCUGAAGAAGCGCUUUGCUGCCCUCGUAGGCGAUGGUUGUGCCCCUGAUUCUCACUUUGCUGUCAGCAAGAAGGAGUUCUCAGGUGUGUUUAAAGAGACAUAUCAGGUGGUGAAGGAAGAGGAGGGUGUGAGGAUUGUGAAGGAUGGCUUUAGGAAAUGUGGCAUCUACCCACUGAACCACUUUGCUUUCAACGAGGGUCAUUUAAUGGCAUCGCAGAGCAUGGGCUCAGAAGCUGGAUGCUCCCUGUCCCCAUCAGCUGAGGGGGAGAGCUCACAGCUGCUGGACCCCCAUUCAGACUCAUAACUGCACAGUCGGACAUCAGAACCUUUAAGGAAUGAGAGUUACUGCUUUAUCUAAACCUGGCUGAUCAUUUUAAAAACUAAAGGAUGCAACACCUCCCUCAGCUUUCUCUCAGAGAGCCAGAGGCUAGCGGUGCGUUUAUGAAUUAAAUGUCAAUGUUUUUCUCAGAUUUCGAAUUUAAAUGAAAAUAUUUAAAUGCUGCCCAUUUGCAUUUUCCAACCUGGGGGAGAGUUCUCUGAAAUUACAUUUUCAUUAGUCAAUUAAUGGUUUUAUUGGGAUAUGAAUUUUAAAAUUAUAUUCCCGCUGAAGAAAUUAAUAUAUUCUUAUCAUUACUGUUCUUUACAUGCUUAGAUAAACGGAAACAUUUCAAACUUGGCAACACUGUAUUCUCUUGUUUAAGACUUACAGGAAGUAGCACAUUGGGGACAUUUCUAAAUCUAUUUUGAUCCAUGCAGAGGAUUUGCAAAGAAGAAAUACUUAAAAGUUGUUUCUAAGGGGUUUCUUUCCAAAAUGUUGAAAUCUGCCAUAAAACAAACAGCGAGAACAUGAGGGAUUAUAACAAUGUCCUUUUCGUAAUAAUGAUAGGACGCUAUGAGGCGGCUAACUCAUCUCAGUCGUGCAUCAUAUUCUUCCUUUGCUUGAGCAUGUGAAUGUACUACUCGGCCCAUUACGACAUGUUCAGAAAAGUUGAACCCUUUUAAAAUUGGGGAGUGUCUCAAGAUAAAUGUGUUGAAAUAUUGUAAUGUUCUCCAUUCACACAGAUGAAUGAAUAAGCACUGCAGUAUUAUCUCAGGGAGAAUAAACAGAAUAAAUAUAUUCUUUGAAUAUUUCUGCAUUACAUAUAUUCCAUAAUAUAAGCUUAACAGUGUACUAUUAAGCAAACUAUUUAGUCAUCAUUCUUUGAUGUGAUUACGUGUGGGUGUGUGUCUGUGUUCCAUUCAGGUGAUGUAAUCGCAAUGCAAGAGGUACAGCUGGCAACAAAACACAGGUGGGGAAAACUACUGCAA